AUGGAAUCGCCCAAGGACCGCAGAGCGCGCUUACGUUUACGAGAGCUGUCCAGGUAUUAUUGUGCAACUGCACAUCUGCCUCAACCAGAUCUCAAGUAUGAUGGAAGGCCUGGACUUGACGCGGCUUUCGUCCCUGCCAAACCCGCCUUGUCUACAGAUCACCUCCUUACCGGCCUGGCUCAACUGGCGGCGCUUCGCCUCAAGUGCGAUAGAGCGUUCAUCAGCAUCAUCGAUGAACACAACCAGCACAUAAUUGCAGAAGCAACCCGCACCAUUUCACCCUUUGAUCAGAACGAUCAUGAGCCUGGUGAUGCCAUCAUCGUUGGCGCACAGACAGUCCCCCUCUCUUCUGGCUUGUGCCCACCAUCCCUAGCUAUAUUUUCCGGUUUCGGCCAGCCCGCGUUCCAGAGCUCAGCCGCCCAAGCAGAUGAGAAUCAUGUAUGCAUUCCUGAUUUGCUGCACGAACCACGAAUCAGCUCCGCGUCGGCAUCGCGAAUGUUCCCGUUGAUGCUACGAUAUUACCUUGAGGUGCCCCUUCGAUCAGUGUCCGGCUACGCUGUAGGCUCAAUAUGCGUCGCCGAUUCAACAGUCCGCGCCCCAAACACCAAGGACAUUGCGGCUCUUCAGCGCAUGUCUGAUCUUGUUGUACAACACUUGGGGCGCAUUCGCUUGAAAGAAGACCAUGGGCGAGCUGAACGUAUAUUGGAAGGCCUGGGACAUUUUAUUCAAGGAAAGAAUAGUCUCUCAGCUUGGUCCAAGGAAACGGCUGGUCAAGACGACAUCCCGGAUGCCUACCGAAUGUCUUCACAGCUCGCCUCGAUCGACUUUAUGCGCGAUGUCGCCAAUAGCGAAUCUAGCCCCGGAACUGCUACCUCGGAGAUACUUGCCACAGCAUCUCCUUCGGCGCCUCAAUUGACACCAUCCGUAAGCUCGGUAUCUGCUGUAACAACACCUGCCACUUCGACCGGACCGUCGUUGACUGAGGCGCCGCGAAAGCUGGCCUUAGGCGUCGAUCCUACAGAUUUUCAUGUGGGUUAUGAUCAAGAACCCGCGAAUGAUAAGAGACGGUCCGCUACUGCCUCCUUCAAGGUCAGCCAAACAUUCUCGAGAGCGGCAAAUCUUCUCAGGGAAAGCAUGGAUCUGGACGCAACUUCAUUUCUGGAGAUACCGCAGAAUGAACGCUUCAGAAACAAUAGGCGGUCGAAACCUUCUCCCAAGCGAGAUGCAGACAAACCUUCCUCCAUGUCGUCACCCGUUACCUCGGGAGAUACGGACCAGUCGACCGACACAUCGGGGGACGCAGCUCUAGAUCCUCAGACUACAGCUGGGAGAGUCUCUACUCCUUAUGCAGCGGAUGCAGACUGCCGCCGGCUGGGCUACGCCUCACGAACGAGUUCCAGCCUUGCGGGCAGCGAAACGUCACACGGCUUCCUGACCAUUCCUGCAUCUCUGUUGGCUCGUUUAAGCACAAAAUACCCUCGGGGCCAUAUUUUCACUUUCGACAGCCUCGGGGCCAUCUCGUCCGAGGAAGAAAGGCGAGAAGGUAGUACAGAAGCUUCUCAAAACUCGGCACGCCCAAACAGUCUGUCUACGAAGCUGUACAAACUUUUCCCGUCCGCUGCGAGCAUGAUCUUUUUACCGUUGUACGACAACGAGAGACAGCAGGUCUACGCCGGCUUCCUGGGAUGGACAACCGAUCCAUCUCGUGGCCUCCUUAAAAACGAGAAGGUGUUCGUCUCCGGAUUUGCCGACAGCGUCAUGUGCGAGGUCAUGCGUCUUGAAGCGUUAGCGACAGACAAAGCAAAGUCCGAUUUCAUCUCAUCUAUCAGCCAUGAGCUCCGUUCGCCGCUGCAUGGUGUCCUUGCUGCUAGCCAGCUUCUCAGUGAAGCUCCUACGUCUCCCAAGCAAAUGGAAUUCCUGCAGAUGAUAGAUACCUGUGCCCGAACGUUAUUGGACACCAUGAAUCACCUCCUUGAUCAUGCCAAAAUCAACAAUCUCACACAAGAACGCGUCCGCCGGCAUCGACGGGCAGUACCCAAAGCAAUCGAUUCAAAGGACCUGUCUGAGAUUACACGACUGAAUCUACUAUCAGUGGUGGAGGAAACAGUUGUUAGCAUGGCAGCAAGCAGCAAGCAGUUACUCCGGAAACACGGACGCACUGAUUCGGGCUUGUCACCUUUGCACGACCGCAGUGCCUCCCUGGAUCAAGACGACACCUUGUCUAUUCCCAUCAUCCUCAACAUUACCAAGCAAGAUUGGUGGACUAUUCAGUCUGAGCCUGGCUCUUGGAGACGCAUCAUCAUGAAUUUGAUUGGAAACUCUCUCAAAUAUACUCAGACCGGACAUGUCAGUGUGAGCCUAGCCUGUCGAGAUGCGCGCAAGUCUGGAGGAAGAGGCGUCGCCGAAUUGAAAGUAUCCGACACUGGACAGGGUAUAUCGGAAGAAUACCUCAAACAUCGUCUCUUCACUCCUUUCGCACAGGAGAACAACUUGUCCGUUGGCGCAGGAUUGGGCUUAAGCCUAGUCCAAAAGAUCGUGUCGUCCCUCGGGGGCCAGAUCGAGGUUCACAGCGAAGUUGGCACGGGAACCGAGAUACUCGUCAAGGUGCCACUCGAUAUCUCCGACCAUGCGCAACGGGUCGAGAAUCUGGGAAUGGCCGAUAACGAAGAAUUGCUCGCGCGGACGCGCGGGCGGACCUUCCAAUUCCUAGGCUUUGAUGACCGUCCGUCUCUACACGAGCAGUCGACAGGGAUACCAAGCCCGAGGACCAGGGCUUUGAUUGAGAUGCAAGCAUCACUGACCAAUACAUUGACGACCUGGUUCGGAAUGCGUGCCGCGGCCACAGAGGCGGAGAUCUGCAUCAUUGAAGAACGGCUACUAAGAAGCGAAUUGGACACAUAUGACCACAAGAAUCAUCGCCUUCUCGUCGUUGGUCUCGAUGGACGAAACAACAUCGUUGAUAGACUGCAGCAGGCUAGUUCGGCUUACCUCCUCCCUCCAGCUGGCCCGAACCGGAUCGCUCAAGUACUUCUGGAGCUUCUGAAUUUCAAUGAGCAGUUGCAGGGAAAGGUCGAUAUCCAGGAUUCGCCGAUGCAAAGCGUGCCCGCUCGACCAAAGCUUUCGUCUGCUAUCUCGAACGGCAGUGGCGACUCCUUUUUCCCCACAAUAAAUCCACUGACCGGUUCGUGGGAGUCACUCCAGACCGAUUCGGUAGCCACCCUCACGCCUGCAGGCUACCAGACUCCAGCGACCCCGGCCACAGAAGCUGUCUUGCUGGUUGAUGAUAACGACAUCAAUCUCCGCAUACUAGUGGCUUCGGUGUCAAAGCUAGGUCUUGAAAAGCGUGGCAUCUCCUGUCUGACAGCUGUCAACGGUAAGGAAGCGCUCGAUAAAUACAUUGCGGCAGUCUCGGCGGGUACCCGAAUCAGCAUGAUCUUUAUGGAUAUCUCAAUGCCAGUCAUGGACGGUUUCACCGCAACGCGUCGGAUUCGUGAGUACGAGAAAAGCAGAGGGAUGAGGCGCGAGUGGCGCAGCAAAAUCAUCGCCUUGACAGGGUUGGCAAGUGCCGAGGCGCAAAGUGAAGUUGAAGGCGCUGGUUUCAACCUCUACCUACGCAAGCCAGCCACUAUAGCGAGGAUCAGGGCCAUUCUUGAAGACGACGGGGUCAGAGACAUGCCAGAUCAAAAGUAUGUUGGCUCUCCGGCCAUAACCCCUGAAGUAUGA